UCCAGUGUCAGUCUCCUGCGGGCUCUGCUCGCUGCUCUCCCGGCUCCUCAUGCCGUUCCCAUCGGAGCCGUCCCCGGCUCGGUUCUCGGGGUCCAGCCGGCAGCUCGGGGUGCUGAGAGGCGCGGAGAGGGGGUGAAGCUCCCCAGCACCCCUCCUUCCUUCUGCACCAAGACCUGCGCCUCCACCCCCCACCCCCCCAAUGUAUCUGCUGGACCCGACACCCCCCCCGAUGGAGCGGGGGACCCCGCAGAGGAAGACGGUGUACCGGAUCUCCCUGACCCUGGUGAAGAAGGAGCUGGUGUCGGGGGAGAGCCGCUUGGAGCGAUGUCCGGAGGAGGAGGAGGGCGGCGGAGGAGGAGGAGAGGAGACCGACACCUUCCCCCCGCACCCCGGACUACGGAAUUUCAGGACCCGCAGUACCGGACAGCUGGAGUUGGGCCGCCUCCGACUCAGCCGGUCCCGAGAGCCCCCCGAGGAGGACAAGAGGAAGAAGUGGAUCCCCCUGGGGGAAGGAGAGAGGAGGAUCCCCCCAGAGAAGGAGAGGACUCCCCCAGAGAAGGAGAAGACUCCCCCAGAGAAAGCUGCAGAGAGUCAGAAGACCCCCCCAGAGAAGGAGAAGACUCCCCCAGAGAAAGCUGCAGAGAGUCAGAAGACCCCCCCAGAGAAAGCUGCAGAGAGUCAGAGGACUCCCCCAGAGAAGGAUGCAGAGAGUCAGAGGACUCCCCCAGAUCCUCCCCCAUCCCCCCAUACUGAGCCCCCCUGGGACAAGAGACCCCCCAACCUCCUGCGGAGAUCCUUCAGCUUCAGACACUGGAAUGGAGAACUGCUGAGGAUCCGGAGCCUGACCCGGGACAAGCACCACAGCAGCUCCAGCUGUCUCAGCCCCUCUCCCAGGCCGGGGGAGACCCCCAUGUCCAUCCUGACCCCCGCCGACACCACCGACAAGAGGAACACCCUGGACGUGGGCGAGGUGCUGAACAAGAGCGACCCCCUGAGCGACCUGGAGAGGUGGGAGCGCAGCAAGAGCAAGAACCGGACCCUGGACAACAGUGACCUCACCAAAUUGUCCGAGCAGAUGGAGAUGGACAGGAGAGGCCAGGAGAGGAGGCUGCUCAGGUUCUUCAGUGGGAUCUUCUCCAGGAAGGACGGGGCCCCUGUAUCUUUCGUUGGGCCCGGGGGCCGCUCACCUAGAACCGGACACUCGAGGUCCAAGAGUUACUUCAGCAGCCUCAAAAGACCCGCUGCGGACAACAUCCAGUCCAGCUCGGAGAGCGUCAAUGGAUCCCCCUACAAAGAUGCCUUUGUAAAUAGUCAGGAAUGGACGCUAAGCCGAGCUGUUCCAGAGCUCAAAGUGGGCAUUGUGGGCAAUCUAGCUAGUGGGAAGUCGGCUUUGGUACACCGGUACCUGACGGGUACUUAUGUUCAGGAGGAAUCCCCGGAAGAUAUGGAUGCAGGUGGGAGAUUCAAGAAGGAGAUUGUAGUUGAUGGACAGAGCUACCUCCUACUCAUCCGUGAUGAAGGUGGACCGCCAGAAGCACAAUUUGCUAUGUGGGUGGAUGCUGUGAUUUUUGUCUUCAGCCUGGAGGAUGAGAUCAGUUUCCAGACAGUCUAUCACUACUACAGCCGCCUUGCCAACUACCGCAACACCAACGAGAUCCCCAUGGUUCUGGUGGGAACUCAGGAUGCCAUUAGUUGCACUAACCCCCGUGUAAUCGAUGAUUCCCGUGCACGAAAGCUUUCCAAUGACCUCAAGCGAUGCACUUACUAUGAGACAUGUGCCACCUAUGGACUCAAUGUGGAACGUGUCUUCCAGGACGUGGCCCAGAAGAUCGUGGCAACUCGUAAAAAGCAACAGCUUUCCAUCGGCCCGUGCAAGUCUUUGCCAAACUCCCCCAGCCACACGUCUGUUUGCUCGGCACAGGUGUCGGCUGUGCAUAUCAGCCAGACCAGUAAUGGAGGAGGCAGUCUAAGUGACUAUUCUUCAUCCGUUCCAUCUACUCCCAGCACUAGCCAGAAAGAGCUGAGGAUUGAUGUACCUCCCACUGCCAGUACUCCAACUCCAGUGCGCAAACAGUCCAAGCGAAGAUCCAACCUGUUCACGUCUCGAAAAGGGAGCGACCCAGACAAAGAUAAGAAAGGUCUAGAGAGCAGAGCAGACAGCAUCGGCAGCGGGCGAGCAAUACCAAUUAAACAGGGCAUGUUACUAAAAAGAAGUGGGAAGUCCCUAAAUAAAGAAUGGAAGAAGAAAUAUGUCACCUUAUCAGACAAUGGAGUCCUUACUUAUCACCCUAGUUUACACGAUUACAUGCAGAAUGUCCAUGGGAAGGAGAUCGACCUCCUCAGGACUACAGUGAAGGUUCCAGGAAAAAGACCACCUCGAGCCACAUCCUCCUGUGCACCCAUCGCCAGUCCUAAGACCAAUGGACUAACCAAGGAAGUCAGUGGGCUGCAGAUCUCCCCUAAUACAGGAAAUGUGACGAGCAGUACAUCCGUUACCCAGAUGGCCAGUGGUCCUAGUGGCAUUAGCUUGGGUUCUUUCAGUCGCCUUGAUGGGAUGCACCAGCGGUCAUACUCUGUGUCUAGUGCUGACCAGUGGAGUGAAGGUGCUGUCCUAGCAAACUCUGCCAUCAGUAGUGACACUGGACUGGGCGACUCUGUGUGUUCAAGUCCUAGCAUCUCUAGCACUACAAGCCCCAAACUAGAUCCACCACCGUCUCCGCAUGCCAACCGCAAGAAACAUCGCCGGAAGAAAAGUACGAGUAACUUUAAAGCUGAUGGACUUUCCAGCACAGCUGAAGCUAAACGCAAAGCAUGGAAACUAAACCGUGUUGGCAGCCUGCGAAAUGUUUACAGCGGCAACGCCAACACAGAAGAACAAGAGGAGAACUUUGAGUUCAUCAUUGUGUCUCUCACUGGCCAGAGUUGGCACUUUGAAGCUACGAGUUAUGAAGAGCGGGAUUCCUGGGUACAGGCCAUAGAGAGCCAGAUUCUUGCCAGUCUACAGUCCUGUGAAAGUAGUAAAAACAAGUCUCGUCUCACCAGCCAGAAUGAAGCUUUAGCGCUACAGUCGGUUCGCAAUUUACCAGGAAAUUCUCAUUGUGUGGACUGUGAUGCACCAAGCCCAGACUGGGCCAGCCUGAACCUUGGAGCCCUGAUGUGCAUAGAGUGUUCUGGAAUCCAUCGCAACUUGGGGACUCAUCUAUCCCGCGUCCGUUCCUUGGACCUUGAUGACUGGACGCCUGAGCUCAUCAAAUUAAUGUCAUCUAUUGGGAAUGAGCUGGGCAACAGCAUAUGGGAAGGAAGCAGUCAAGGACACGUGAAGCCAUGUUCAGAAAGCCCCAGGGAAGAGAAGGAACGCUGGAUUCGUGCAAAAUAUGAACAGAGGUUGUUUUUGGCUCCCCUGCCCUGCCGGGACUUGCCCUUAGGACAACAGUUACUGCGAGCCACAGCAGAGGAGGACCUGCGGACAGUGAUCCUGCUCCUCGCCCAUGGCUCCCGCGAGGAAGUGAAUGAAACCUGUGGAGAAGGAGACAGACGUACAUCCUUGCAUCUAGCCUGUCGUAAGGGCAACGUGGUACUUGUGCAGCUGCUUAUAUGGUACGGUGUGGAUGUGAUGGCACGGGACUUCCAUGGGAACACAGCGUUAGCGUACGCUAAGCAAGCUGUCACUCCCGAGGUGCGAGAGCUCCUGUUGCAAUAUGGCUGCCCUGAUGAACAGUUUGUGCUUAUGGCCACGCCAAACCUCUCCCGAAAAAACAACCGCAACAACAACAGCAACGCGGGAGGUGGAGGUCUCAUGCCCACCCUAAUCUAAAAAAAAAAAUCUUACGGAAAGGAGACAGACUCAAGCACCGCUCACUCCUCGCACCGCAAGGGGAGGAGUCAGGAAUGACAUGGGAGGUGUAAAAGCACUGAGUGCACAGAACAAGGGGGAGAAGAGACUGAGCCUUCGCUGGCAUUUUGGGAGGCAGGAAGAAAAAAAAUCAAAAGGAAAGGAGGUAGAGAGCUGUCAGUUAUAUGCACAUUUCACCUCUACCCCAGCAGAACACUUAGGCUCUGCUCUCAUCUGACAAGUACUGCUCCACAUAAAUCACACGCAGGCACUGAGUUUGUCAGGUUUGAGGCUCCAAUGAUGCUAUGUGUCAAAUCACUUGGAGCUAAUCUGUCCUCAGAGAAUGCUGGCUUCAUUACACUUGUAUAGUUGAGUUCCCUCAGCCUGUACCGCUGUUUAAUAGGACAUGAUUACUCAUCAUGUAGAAGGGAGCAUAUUAGCUGAGGAGGAAGCUCUCUCCACGCUCCGCUGAUUACAGGGAUGUGAUUGCAAUAUUCUUACAAGAAUCAUAUUAGGAGAGACAUUCUAGGCCCCAUCUUCAGAUUCCUUGUCAUAAUCUCGCUGCGCUUUAAAGCGUAUGUUCCUCUAAAUGUAACCCCUCCAAAAAUAUAGGAAUAAAAAAAAAAUAUUCCGUAAAUGCAUUUUUCAGGGUGAGGUUAGACCAGCUGUUUGCUGCAUCAUCAUGCAUUGUGAGAUUUUAUAUAUAUAAAUAUAUACAUAUUUUUUUUUUUUUAAUUUACAGAAAUUAUUUAUUUUAUGAAACUAUUGCCAGGCACCUGAGUCACCACUGUCACUUGGCUCCAUUCCUGUAUUGCGCCCACCCCCACCCCCUACAACUGUGCAUCUGGGUCAUUUCAACUAGCUGAUAUGCAAAAGAAAAAAAAAAAAUCAUCAUAAUUGAGGUGGUUAUAUGGUUGAGUGCAUUUAUUUUUUUCCUUAAAGGCUUACAUAAGAGACACUAAUUAGGAUUAGUUACUGCACUAAGGAAGAGGGAACAUAUUUUUUCAGGGAAAGCUCUGUAUACAGAAUGCCUGCUCUAAAGAUCAGGGCAUCAAGAUAAGGGCUGGGUGUAUAUGCAUGUACAGAGCUGUGUAUAUUCAUGUGCAAUGCACACUGCACAUAGUAUUGUACAGAACACUGUCUUAUUGAAUUUGUAUAACAUGUGACUGUUGGUGGGUAUAGCCCAAAAAAGGGCACUCUUCACCAUGCGCUUUAUAGUUUUUCUGGCUAGACUGAUUAAUAUAGAGAGCAUUUCACGAGAUGGGGUCCUGUAGAAGAAAUGCACUACACUCAUUUAAAUGUCAUUGACCUGAGUUAUGUAAAUAUGCCCAGGGAUGGACCUGAUUAAAUAUUUAUUACUGGUACAUAUCCCUUGCAAGCAAGGUUAUGAAAUUUCAUGCUUGGCAUUUGCAUCCACAAGUUAAAAUGUUAGUUUUGACAUUCAUAAAACACAUCAAAUAACAGUUCAGUGCAACAGUGUAAUUUACUGUUCAGUACAUAGAAAUACGAAUGUAAAUCUAGAGUAGACUUUCAAACAUUUCGUCUGUUGCUUUUUUUUUUAUUGGCAGUUCAAAAGCCAAUAAAUAUGCUAUACUGGAUGGCGCAUAUAGGGCUACCAAUACUUGCAAUGCUGAACAUAGAAUUAUGGGAAAUGUAGUUUAGAAAUGGGAGGUGAGGUCUUUGACUACCGCUGUCUUUGACCAUUUCCAAGUGAACGUAACCUUCCAGCUGUAGAGCUAUAAUAAUUGUUUCUGAAAAAGACAACAAUUGUACUCUAUAGCAGUAUUAUUAAAGCAUUUCAGCUCAUUUAGGUCUCAUGCACGUAAGCACCUAUAUGCGCGCUCAAUGUGCAUUGCUAAUAUGUGACCAGCACUCUGGUGUAUUGUAUGAUAUUUCUAAAGGCUUGGUACAGACCGCAAAGAACACGUCAAAACUAUAGCUAUAGCUUCACUCCUGUCAUUGAUUUGUCCAGACAAACCUCAUAACUGUAGUAAGCGUACCUAAUCUCAGACAUGUUACGUUGGAAAUUCUCACUGUGUGUGUAAUGCAGAAAAUCCUAGGGUCCACUUAGUACUGAAGUUGGAAAAGAGCAAUUAAAGCGUAUCUAAAUGUAUAUUGCAGCUUACCAGUCCUUAGAUAAUGUGGCUGCAUUUGUUUUCUUUAUUGUCACCUGGUAAUCCUGCAGGUGACACACUUCCUGUCCCUGGGUGGCUACGCUCACCCUUUCACCAUAUCUGUGGAAGGAGCCAUAGCCGCACUACAAAAUUGUCUGAACUUGCUGAAAAUGUUCUUUGCCUGAAAAAUUAAAACAAAUGCAAUCACCACAUCUAACGACUGGUAAGCUGCAGUAUGUUACAUCUUUGUCUUUAAGUUUAGUUAUCCUUUAAGAUUUUAAAUUCUUAACUAAAACAAUAAUACAAAUACACGUAGCAACAAAUGUGCCAUUUUUCCAGAUGUCUUUUGGCUCUUCGGCUCUUUUAUGGGCUGCAAAUUAUUUGUUCAUUUUUUUAAAGCCUAAAAUGCACAAAGUAUGGGUACCCCAAAUUAUCAGAUAUUUUUUCCAUUCUUUUGACAACAGGCAGUUUGCAGACUUUUUAGAUUUUAUACUGUCUUUUGAAGCUCUGCCUUAUGAGGGUUGAGCUACGCUAGUGGACUGGGGAGGGAUAAUAAAGGCACUCGCCAAUCAACCACCAGUUUUCAGUACUUUCUGCCUGACAUGUUCGGUAGGACAGUGCGAAGAGCAAUGAUGAUUACUAUUCUACAGAAUUUAUAUAGCGGGAAACGUUCACACAGCGCUUUACAAAAUGAGGGCAGACAGUACAGUUACAAUACAAUUUAAUACAGGAGGAAUCAGAGGGCUCUGCUUAUUAGAGCUUACAAUCUAGAUGAUGUACAAAGUACAUUCAGUCACCAGUAGUAACUAAUCAGAAUUCUUUUUUGUACACUUAGAUUAGUUAUUAGAUUUCAGAUUGGUUCUUUUGGACUAAUUUACUUUGUACAUCCUUAUUGCUCCUUGUACUGUCUUGGUAAAAUGUCUCCUAAUGUGCAGUUUAGGUUCCCUAUAAAAGAAAAGCUUAUUUGAUUGUAGUGUAGUCUGCAGAUUGUGCCUGUACUGGCUUCCUAUAGUUGGUAGGUUUUAAAAACGUAACAGAUCUCAGUGUUGGACUAAAUGUUGCCUUGUGCUUUUGUUUUAACACUACGUUCUUUCUAAUAUUUGAUUUUUUCAAAUAUUUUCUACACACUACGUAUAUUUAGAAAAAUGAAUAGAAAAUCUCAAUCCACCUGCAAACAGGCAGCUUUGUAGCUUCUUCUCCCCAAAAUGGUUUCCUGAGACCCCAAGAUCUGGUUCUUUCUAUAAUGCAAUUACUGACCAAACUUGCUGAUCACUUGGGCUGGCCCUGACCUUUCUGCAUUAUGCUUUAGUGUAUGCCUAUCAUUGUGACAGGUAGGUUUACUAGCUAAUUUUGAGGUAUCCAAAAGCAGGGGUCAGUGCCUAAAACAACGACCAUCAAUGUUGGUUGUUAGUUGCAUUCUGUAGUACCAUUGUUUUUUGAGGCCUCAGUACACUCAAUGGAAGAGCAGAAGUGACUUGCAAGCAUCUGGGGUACCUAAUAAUAAAGUAUACCUAAAUGCAUUUUUUUUUAGGAUUUGAACAGAGUGGUGAGGGGUUUGAACAAUUGUCUGUUUUUUUUUUUUUUUAUUGUGGUCUGUGCCCCUAGUAGUGAGAUGCACUCUUUCUUAUUGUCCUGAUCACCAAUGUCGCCAGGGAUGAAAGUGAGGGUAAAUAUGGAAUUUUGAGUUGCCAUCAAAACAGGAAUAGAGGGAAAAUCUUCCAAUAGGGACACAUGUUCCCUAUCAUAAUAUAUGAUUUCUCUUACAUUGGAAAGAUAUCCUCCCACGUCAUAUCCUUCCCACUUGUUCCGCCUACAGGGCAGUAAGUGAAGGGAAAUCUUCCCAAUGACCCAUAGAUAGCAAAAGAAAACCAAUAGAAGUUUUAACCAUUGCCUGUUCUAUCCAGAGUUGGAACAAAAUAAGUUUUAGCUUUAGAUAUAAUUUAAGGGCCAUUUAAGGAAAGUGGAACAGAUAUACUUUUAAGCGCCAAAUGAGUAAGAGCCUUUAGUUUAAUAAAUACAUUACCAAAUGAUCUGUUAGGUAUAUAAAUAUGACAAACUCCCUAAAUAGUUUAAUAGUACAUUAAUAAUAGGCAAGUGAUAUACUGAAUUUUGCAGUCUAGGGUUCUCCAGUGAAAUUGGUGCAGAAUGCGAAGCAGAAAGGAAUCAAUGGAAGGAUUUUCUGACACUACACAGCCUAAUCCCAGACCUCCACACCUCCCCACUGUAUUUCAGCUUUAUUCAGCUGUACUUAGCACUUUUGUUUGGGGGGGUUUUCAAAAAAUAAUAAUUCGAAACCUUGGAAGCUGGCAUUGCAAGAGUAAAGAUUUCCUCCUGAAUAUCUUAUUAUAGACCAUUUCCAUGAACAGUGAAGGGACAUAUUGGACGAAGCAUGCUAGGACAUAUCGGUGAUCAAUAAACUAGAGAAACCGGUCUAAAGAAGGAGAGGGGCCAAUUUGCCAUACAAUUGAUGGCAUCCUAGGACUUACCAAUUUUUCAUCAAUAAAACAUCUCCACUUUUGACAAUUAUGAUGGCGUAUCUGGCUCAGAAUGGGACUCCUACAUUUUCAGAUUUGUUCUGCAAGGUGAAAUUCUACACUACAGAAGAAAAGAAUUAUCUUACAUCUUUAUUUAUCAAGCAAAUGUUUGCCUACAGCCCUUUACAGUCUAACCAGCGCUUCCAAAUUGUGGCACAGAGAUGCCUAUCGCCAUGGAGCCUGAGUGAUUACGUUUUCUGAAUGGAGUGUGUGAGUACUACAGUAAAAGGGAAUGUGUGUCCUGACGUUUAGAAGACUUGGGAGAUGCGUACGGUGUGUUACCAUUUUCCUUUGGCAGAGGGUCUAGCUUCAAAACAUCCACCCCAUGAACUUUAGACGGGGCCACGUUUAUUUAAUUUUUUUAUGUCCUGAUCGGAUGUGGAGCCAGAUCCUGCCCAGUUGAGUAGUGUGUAUCUUAUUUCCGAUCACCACUCUGUAUCACCUUUGUUCCCAAGGUGGAUCCUACGGAGUUCUCGUUUUUAUUUUUUCGGUGUCUAUUGAUUAUGUUGUCUAAGUUAUACAGAAUUCUUUUGUAUCGUGUCUUAUUAGAGGAUGCAAAAUGUAUGUAAAAUAAAAAAGGACAAAAAAUA